AUGGUAUUGAAAAUAUAAUCCAAUAGUUAGGAUUCAAUUAAAAGAACAUUUAAGAUCUUAUUGACAGACUGAAUUGGACACAUUUAAUUAUAGUCCUGAAUUUUAAAUUGCUAUAUAGUUUAAUUGUGCCUACUAGUAAAUAAUCCUAAUAAAUUUUCAAUUUUGUUAUUUAACUUCAUAAUUUUAACAUAAGAAUAGAAGGCUUAUUUACACAUUAGAUAAAAAGUAACUAUUCUAAUUAUAUAAAAACGGAUUAUAAUAUUUUUAUGAAUAAAUUUGCAUUAGUCUUGAUCCUUGUUGUCUUUGCAAACUCCUCUGAAUUGAACAAUUAGAUUUCUUUAGGAAGGGGUAUUCUUUUAACUUAUAAAACUAGAGCUAAAAUUUUAAGAAGCAUUACAUCUAAGUGCAAAUCGUUUCACAUGUGAAAUGGAUCCAAAAUUUUAUGAUUUUAUUAUUUUGGAACUUUCGAAAUGGUCAGAUGUCAUUGAUCGAAAGCCAUAAUUAAUAAAGGAUUUGACAAUUAUCGAAUAGAUAAUUAAAUUAGUCGAUAAGUCUAAACAAAUAGAUAAUGCGUAAUAAGGUAUAUAUGUUUAACUUAAAUAGACAUGUUUAUUCAAAUGACUCAAAGUCUUUUAACUACAAUUCAAGAAAUAUCAAUGCUUGAAAUAAAAAAUCAAUGGGCUUAAUUUAAUAUUGAACAGGUAUUAUAAUAGAUAAAACAAUUAUCUUAAAUACCUAAUACUGAAUAAAGAAUCUAAAUGGCAGAAAAAAUAGUCAAUUAAUUGUUAAUUAUGAAAAAACAAAUUAAUUUUUACUUAAAUGAAUGUUAAGGUUAUUAAAGCAAUUCUUAAUUAUAAGAAAAAAUAACAGAACUAAUUAUUAAAUAAAAAAAAUGUGGUUGGUCAUAUAAUAAUUAAUAUUAAGGUACAACUCGAUUACCGCCUGGAAGAUCAGAUUAACCUGAAUCUUCAGAUCCAAAAUAUGAUACAUAGUCAGUUCAUUAAUAGGCAGCUAAUUAAGAUAAACCAUUUUAAUCAAAUCCUAAUUAUUAAGGUGGUUAAAAAGAAUCAAGAUAAUAAUCAACUAGAUUACCACCUGGAAGAUCUGAUUAACCUGAAUCUUCAGAUCCAAAAUAUGAUACAUAGUCAGUUCAUUAAUAGGCAGCUAAUUAAGAUAAACCAUUUUAAUCAAAUCCUAAUUAUUAAGGUGGUUAAAAAGAAUCAAGAUAAUAAUCAACUAGAUUACCACCUGGAAGAUCUGAUUAACCUGAAUCUUCAGAUCCAAAAUAUGAUACAUAGUCAGUUCAUUAAUAGGCAGCUAAUUAAGAUAAACCAUUUUAAUCAAAUCCUAAUUAUUAAGGUGGUUAAAAAGAAUCAAGAUAAUAAUCAACUAGAUUACCACCUGGAAGAUCUGAUUAACCUGAAUCUUCAGAUCCAAAAUAUGAUACAUAGUCAGUUCAUUAAUAGGCAGCUAAUUAAGAUAAACCAUUUUAAUCAAAUCCUAAUUAUUAAGGUGGUUAAAAAGAAUCAAGAUAAUAAUCAACUAGAUUACCACCUGGAAGAUCUGAUUAACCUGAAUCUUCAGAUCCAAAAUAUGAUACAUAGUCAGUUCAUUAAUAGGCAGCUAAUUAAGAUAAACCAUUUUAAUCAAAUCCUAAUUAUUAAGGUGGUUAAAAAGAAUCAAGAUAAUAAUCAACUAGAUUACCACCUGGAAGAUCUGAUUAACCUGAAUCUUCAGAUCCAAAAUAUGAUACAUAGUCAGUUCAUUAAUAGGCAGCUAAUUAAGAUAAACCAUUUUAAUCAAAUCCUAAUUAUUAAGGUGGUUAAAAAGAAUCAAGAUAAUAAUCAACUAGAUUACCACCUGGAAGAUCUGAUUAACCUGAAUCUUCAGAUCCAAAAUAUGAUACAUAAUCAGUUCAUUAAUAGGCAGCUAAUUAAGAUAAACCAUUUUAAUCAAAUCCUAAUUAUUAAGGUGGUUAAAAAGAAUCAAGAUAAUAAUCAACUAGAUUACCACCUGGAAGAUCUGAUUAACCUGAAUCUUCAGAUCCAAAAUAUGAUACAUAGUCAGUUCAUUAAUAGGCAGCUAAUUAAGAUAAACCAUUUUAAUCAAAUCCUAAUUAUUAAGGUGGUUAAAAAGAAUCAAGAUAAUAAUCAACUAGAUUACCACCUGGAAGAUCUGAUUAACCUGAAUCUUCAGAUCCAAAAUAUGAUACAUAGUCAGUUCAUUAAUAGGCAGCUAAUUAAGAUAAACCAUUUUAAUCAAAUCCUAAUUAUUAAGGUGGUUAAAAAGAAUCAAGAUAAUAAUCAACUAGAUUACCACCUGGAAGAUCUGAUUAACCUGAAUCUUCAGAUCCAAAAUAUGAUACAUAAUCAGUUCAUUAAUAGGCAGCUAAUUAAGAUAAACCAUUUUAAUCAAAUCCUAAUUAUUAAGGUGGUUAAAAAGAAUCAAGAUAAUAAUCAACUAGAUUACCACCUGGAAGAUCUGAUUAACCUGAAUCUUCAGAUCCAAAAUAUGAUACAUAAUCAGUUCAUUAAUAGGCAGCUAAUUAAGAUAAACCAUUUUAAUCAAAUCCUAAUUAUUAAGGUGGUUAAAAAGAAUCAAGAUAAUAAUCAACUAGAUUACCACCUGGAAGAUCUGAUUAACCUGAAUCUUCAGAUCCAAAAUUUGAUACAUAGUCAGUUCAUUAAUAAGCAGCUAAUUAAGAUAAACCAUUUUAAUCAAAUCCAAGUUAUUAAGGUGGUUAAAAAGAACCAAGGUAAUAAUCAACUAGAUUACCACCUGGAAGAUCUGAUUAACCUGAAUCUUCAGAUCCAAAAUAUGAUACAUAAUCAGUUCAUUAAUAAGCAGCUAAUUAGGAUAAACCAUUUUAAUCGAAUCCAAAUUAUUCUUUUGAUCCUCUUUUUGAUCAUUUAACUGCUCAUUAAAAUUCUAAUUAUCAUGAAAAAUCUUUAAAAGGUAACCUUAUACAUGAUGAAAAUAAGUCUACUCCUACCAAAAUGAGCGAUCAGCCUGAAUCAUCUAAUCCAAUUUAUAAAUAAAAAUAAGCUUAAACAAUAAUCGAAAAUUAAGGUUUUGGAUCAGGUUCACCAAAUAUUUAUGAUGAAGAUGGAUGUCCGUAGGGAGAGGAAGAUGAAACUCCAAUAAAUUAUGAAGAAGAGGAAAUACCAGAAUAACCUGAGCCAGUGAGUUAAGAAGAUCCAGAAGAAAAUGAAAACCCAUAAGAGGAAGAUGAAGAAACUUAGAAAACAGAAAUUGAUAAUGAGGAAACAAAAGAAGAGCCUAAAGAAGAACCUAAAGAUGAACCUAAAGAGGAUCCAAAGGAAGAGCCUAAAGAUGAACCAGAGGAAGAGCAUAAAGAGGAGCCAAAAGAAGAAGCUCCUAAAAUUGAACAAAAAUAAUCUAUUCCAGAUAUACCUCCAGAUGAUGAAGAACCGGCUGUUGAAGGGGACUUAGUAAAAACAGAAGGCAUUGGCUCAUCAGUAGAAGGUAGAGUAGGGUAGCAAGUUUAAAAUUCUUAAGAAUAAGAACAAGAUGAAUCUGAGGAAAUGGAUAUUGAAGUAGAUGAAGAAGUUGAUGAUGGCAAAGGAGGAAAAAAAAUUGUUAAGAAAAUUAUUAAAAAGACUCUAAGAAAAAGUAAAUAAAAAUAAGCUAAAUUAACAAAAAGUUAAAAAAAACCACAAAAAAAGGUUGUUUCAACAACUAAAACAACAACAAAAUCAUCAGGAGUGAAAUAAAAGACUUAAAAUAAAAAAGCUGGGGAAUCUAAAAAAAAAGUAAAAUCUAAAUCAGGAGGAGAUGGCAAUGGAGAUGCAGAAGAAUAUUGGGAGGAAACAGAGGAAACAUUUGAAAUUACUGAAGAUGGCAAGGAAACUUUAGUAUCAUCCACUACUAAAUCAUCUACCCAAAAGAAAUAGGUUCUAAAUGCCAUCGGUGAUACGUCUAUAGAUUUAAAGAUUUUAGAUAUUAAUAGUGAAGAUGAGAAAGUAAUGGAAGAUGAUAAAACAAUGUUACAGGAUAAUUUUAUGGAAAAUGACAAUUUAGCAGAAGAUUACUAUUAAUAAGAUAUCUUUUAUGAAGAAUUAGAUGAUAAAUUUAUUUAUUAUGAAUAUGAUCCAGUCGAAAAGGUUUUUAGAUAAUCAGCAAUAAUUUUAAAACCUUAAUAACAGAGGUCCUUGAUGAUAUCAAAUUGGAAUGAUCUUAUCGAUUACGUAAUUGAUCUAGAGGAUAAUGAAUAAGAUACCUAAGAAUCUAGUUAAAGCGAGCAGAAAGAAGGAAAAGAAAUUUCAGAAGAGAAAAAAUAGAAUAGUGAAUAGAAUACCAAAAGUUCAUAAGAAAAUAAGGAUUAACAAUAAUAAUAAUAAUAAUAGGAGCAAAAGUAAUAAUAAUAGUAAUAGGAUUAAUAGGAUUAAUAAUAAUAAUAAUAAUAAUUAUAAUAAUAAUAAUAAUAAUAACAAUAAUAAUAACAAUAAGUAGAAAAAGAUUAGAAGAUACCCUAAACAGAAUAAUCCAAAGAAGAAAAACCAAAAUAAGUUGAGGAAUCUUCAAAAGAGAUUAAAUAAGAUCAAAUAGAAUAAUAGGCUAAAAAUUAAGUUAGUAAGCAAUAAACCUAAGAUUAACAGACCAAAUAAAGUUCAGUAGGGGAUGUUAUUUAAUAAAUUCUGAAAGAUGAGAAAUAAGGAUUAGGUGUUGGUUAAAAUCAAGAAUCAAAAAAAGAUAAACAAGAACACGAAGUUGAAAAAUCGUUGAAAAUAAGCUCAAUAAAGGAAGAAUAUAAUGCUAAUGAACCAACUCAAUAUGUCCCUCCAAAACAUAAAAUUAAUUCACGACCUGCUAAAGAAAAAGUGGUUGUACCUGUAUCAACUAAAUAUGUUUAAAGUUCUUUUGAUGGGGAACCAGCAGAACAGUAUGAAUUUGCAGAUCGAGAAAUGCUUUAAGAUUCUGAUGAGUACGGUUAUGGAUUUUGGUUAAGGUACACCGAUAGCUCUCCAAAAGAGCACUAACGCUAACCUUAGACUUAUCAUUUUAUAUCAAGAUUGACUUCAAAUAAAGAUUAUAAAGAUUAUACAUUCUAUGGAGAUAGAACCCUUAGCAUAUUCUUAUUAGAAAAUACAUUUGUCUUUUCAACUUAUGACCAUGGAGAUAGAAAGAAAAUAAAGGAUUAAGUUAUAGCUUUAAAUGAAGAAUUAGAAAGUAUGUGGUAUUUUCUUACAUUUUCUUACAGUUUGGCAAAAAAGGCAGCUGUUGGUUAUGUAGUAGGAUAUGGUGAUAAUGGUAAGAUCUUAAAAACAGAGUUAAAUUGUUAACAUGUACCUCCCACAUACUUUAAACUAAUAAUAGGGGGAAAGCAUCUAGCAUAUUAAGGAUUUAAUGGAUAAUUCGCAAAUAUUUUUUAUGAUAUUGAUGCUCCAGCUUUUAUUGAUAGUGAAGAAAAAUUAAAUCAACUCAUAAAAACGAUAAGUAAUAGUCCUCAAGCAGUUAACAGUUUAAGUGAUUUGGAAAUCUUAACAACUCCAAGAUAAUUUAAUGCUAACAGUAAAGGAGAUGCUAUUGUGUUAGAUCCUUAAGAAUCAACAUUAAUAAUAGAAGAGUAUAGUUUUUCAGGAUGGUUCAGAUGGGUAGACGAUUUAAAAGUUGAUGAGUCAAAUACAUUCUAAUUAUUUAAUUUGAGAUCUACAAAUAAAAAGUAGCCUAAUAAAGGAGCAUUAGGGGAUCGUGCAUUAGAAGUACAUUAUACUUAUGGAGGGGGAGCUAAAAGCACAGUUUAUUUUAAUACUUAUACAAUUUAAGGAAAUAAAGCAAAAGGAACACCUUAUAUUUCAAAAAAUGUUGAAUCACCAAACUAUACUUGGACUUAUGUUUACUUUGGUUAUGAUAAUGAUAAAAUAAAAGCUUAUGGAGCAUUGAUUAGACCAGGUAAAGCUGAUGAAGUAAUUUUUGAUCCAGUACAACAUAAACUUGUUACUCAGUUACACUUUACUAUAGGAGGUGAUGAAUAAAUCUCAUCAUUUAAUGGUAAAAUAGGAUAUGUAGGUGUAUAUUUGGGACCUGGAGCAUUUAAAUCAAGCCUUGAUUUUGGUUAACAAUUUUUCUAUGGAGAUGGUGCAAUUGGUGUUUAUCAAUUAGUCAAGCCAAUUUAAUUUUAAGAUGAUGCUCAAGAUCCUAAUAUAGUAAGAGAUGCUGAAUAUGAUUCUGAUAAACCUUUAGUAGAUAAGAUAUUAAUUCAUGAUGAUACCAAAUUAAGAUUUAAUGGAUAGAGUGAAUAUUCAUUUGGAUUAUGGACUAGAUGGUUAUAGACAUUACCUAAAUUUUUAGUUCAAAGAGGAGCUGUUCAUAAUAUAGCAAGACUUGGAACAGCACCAUAUUUAAUAGAAUAAGUUGAUGGAAAAUUAAUGAGAGCUAAUAAAAGACCUUCUUAAGAUAAAGACCAAACUUUGGCAGUUACAUUAAACAAGGAAGCAUAUGAAUUUUAUACAUACAAAGCAAAAGAUGAAAUUAAAUUUGAAGACAUUGAAGGUUCUUGGAAUUAUGUCUAUUUUGGUUACAAACGACAUGCAAAUAAAGGCAUAGCUAAAGGUUAUGUAUAGUUUGGAGUUGAGGGGCACAUAAAGGAAGUAGUUUUUGAUAUUUUACAUGAUUUCUUGUUAGAGUAUUUAGAGUUUGUAGUUGGAAAAAGUACAGCACCCUUCUUUAAUGGACAAAUGUGUAAAAUUUAAUGUUCAAUUGGACCAGGAUCUUUCUUUAGCUCAGCAGAACAACUUAAAUUAUAUACUUAAAAUACCCUUCCUGAUAAAGCUUAAAUACGUCCUAUAUCUAGAUAAACAUAAUAAUUAAUAGGGCUACCUGUAGAAUAACCAACCUAAAAGUUUUAAUUUGAUAAGUUUUAAGGAAUCAAAGAAUAUAGUAUCUCAGGAUGGGUAAAAUGGAGUGGAAUGUAGAAGGUAGGAAAGGUUUAUCAUAUUGCUUCUUUUGUUUAAAAAAGACUUGCUGAUCUAAAUGGAAAAUCCGAAUAAACUCUUUAGAUAUAAAGAUCAGAUUAGGCUUAUAACUUUAAUACCUAUUCUUGUAAAGGAGACGAUUGCUCUGGAGUUGUUACCUAAGAUUAAUCACUUGGAGAAUAUUGGGAUCAAUGGACUUAUAUUUACUAUGGUUAUUCAUAAUUAUUAAAGAAAACCUUUGGUUAUGUUAAAUUUACAUUUACUGAUAGUAAAUUUAACUAAGAUUAAAUUACUCACUUUUAUGUGGCAGUAUUUUCAGUCAUUAUUUCAUCAGAAGAGUAAAAGUUUAUAGGUUCAAUGAAAACAUGGGUAAUAAAUGUUGGAGAAGGAUCAUUUAGAGAAGGUAAUUUUGAUUCUGAUGAAAAUAUUAAAGUACAUUUUGGUUUCAUUAGUGGAACAGAUCAUGUUAAAUUAUAGUAAGCAGGAUAAGAAGCACAUCACAUAGAAUAAGUAUUAGAAUGUGCAUCAAAUGAAAAGGAUGUUCCUUUACAUGUUUAAUUUGAGUAAAAUGAAAAAUUGCAUAUUCAUGGAGUUAGUGAGUAUGGUUAUGGAUUUUGGGCUAGAUACUAACAUUUUGCACAAAAAGGUGUUUUGUAUUAAUAACCAUAAUGGAUGGGAUUAGCUAGGUUAACUAACUAAAAGGAUUACAAAGAUUUUGAAUAACCUGGAGAUAGAGUUCUUUUAAUUUUACAAGGUAAAGGAGUUCAUCAUUUUUCAACAUACAACGUAUAACCAGCUUCAAAUAAUGUGAAUGGAAAUAUUCCUUAUUUAUUAGAAUCUGAGAGUGAAUGGAUUUAUAUUUAUUUCAGUUAUAAAAGAAUCUCAUAAACUUUAGGUCAUGCUGUUGCAUUUACCUCAUAUAAUGAUAUAACUGCAGGAAUUUAGAUGGAUGUAAUACAUACAUUAUUGUAAAACUAUUUACAAUUAACAAUUGGUCAUGCAGGAAAGUUCUAUCCAAAUUUCAAUGGAUAAAUAACAACUGUAAGAUUUAAUCUUGGCCCUGGAGCAUUUAUUGAAAAUAAAUAAGGCAUUUUGGCAAGAAUAAAAAAUAAAGAUCCAAAACCAGAAAUAAAUACAAUUACAAAAUAAUUUGAAGUAGUAGCUGGUAAAUAAGAUGCCUAAAAUCUAAAAAUAGUAAAUCCAUUAAUAAUUGAAUAAGAAGCAAGAGAAUAUUCAGUGUCUUUAUGGUUUAGAUGGUUUAAAACUCAAGUUAAACCUAAUUAAGUAAUUUAUAGAUUGACAUCAAAUACAGGAGAUGAAGAUUCAAAAAAUAUUGGUGAUAAGGUUUUAAUGUUAGCACAUAUCGGAACUGCUUUAUUUAGUACCUAUUCUUUGUAAGAUUAUACUUUAAAUGUGCCAUAUGAAUGUAAUAUUCCAAAGUAAUAACUUGAAAUAUGGACAUUUGCAUACUUUGGUUAUUCUAAAAAAGAAAGAAAGGUUUAAUAUUUCUUAAGAGCAGAUUCUCAUGAAAAUAAAGGAUUAGAACCUAUAUUACAUGCAGUGGCAUCUAAAUAUCUUCUUUUUGUUGGCAAAGAUGGUCAUUUAGAAAAUUAUAAUAGUAGAUUAGCUUAACUUACUGUAAAUUUUGGAGAUGGAGCAUUUAGAAAUGAUAAUUUCUUACAAUUGCCAGUAUAUAUUUUAGGUCCUAAGUUAUUUUCACAAGAGAAAAUGCAUAAAUGGGAAAGAAGUGAAAAAUUGAUAUUAGGUUAACCAUAAACUAUUAGAUUAAAUGAUGAACCAGAUAAACCAAUAGAAUCUAUGUAAGAAUACAGUAUUGGACUUUGGUGUAGAUUCUUGUAAACUUGGCCAGAGAGAUAAUAUAGAUUACCUUUAGAAAUGUAAUUAAUAAGGUUGACUAAUAAUGAAAAGAAUGAAGUCGGAAAGGUUGUUUUAGGUGAUAGAAUUUUGGCAUCUUAUGUAAUUUAGAAUGGAUUUUAAUUUGCAACUUACGACUUGAAUGAUGAAGCUCCAAAUGAAUUACACACUAUUUCAAAUUAAAGAUUAGAAGGAAAAUGGUAUUAUGUUUAUAUGGGUUAUAUGAGAUAGAAAUAAAUUGCUUCAUUUUUCGUAUUUGAUGGAACUGAAAUGUUAUCAGCAAAGAAUACUGAUCUCUUACAUAAACCUUUAGGAGAUUUUGUAAUUUUACAUAUUGGAGGUGAACCAGAUGUACCUUCAUUUUAAGGAAUUAUAAGUAAAUUAUCAGUUAGUUUUGGUCCUGGAUCUUUCUUAAGCUUAGCAUAAGAAGUUAUGAAAACCAUUGAUAAUUCUUAAGCAUUAGAGUAAUCUUUAACUGUUGGAUAUAUUCAUAAAUAGAAACAUGGAUAAUAAGAAUUGAUUGGUAAAUUAGAAACUGUUACAGAUGAAAUAGGUGGUACUGAAUUAAGAGGAGAAACUUGGUCAAGUGUUGGAGAAUAUUCAAUAAGUGGAUGGUUCAAAACUGCAAAUGUUAAUGGAAUGAGUGCUAAUGAUUGCUAAAUCUUAUUUAGGGUCACUAAUAAUGAUAAAGAGCAUUUAAAUGAUAAAAGAUCUUAAGGUGAUAGAAUAUUUUUUGCAUCUAUCUGUGUUGAUUCAAUUAAAUUAUCCACAUACACACUUUCUGGUUUGAAAGAUUGGAAUGAGGCCAAAUUUUUAGAGGAAAAUGUACCAUUAGGUCAUAAUAAGAGAGCUUGGAUAUAUAUUUAUAUGGGAUACAAUGAAGAUUUAUAAGAACUUCAUGCAUUGUUACAUCUAUUUGAAGAGGAUAAACCAUUAAUUUUCAAAGGCGUGUAACACUAUGUUCCUCAUUAUACUGGUAUUUAUGUAGCUAAAGAUCCAUACACAAAGAGAUUUUAAGGAGAAAUAUAAAAAUGGGUCGCUUGUUAUGGUUUUGGAGCAUUUGUGAGUGUUCAGAAAAGAGGAUAUGAAGAUUUAUUACCAAAUUAUAAUGCAAUAGCCAUAAAUCAAAAAUUCAUGUGGUUUAGAAAAGAAGACACAGUAGUAGAAACAGAAUAAGGAAUUACUCAAGAGUUUAAUUAAGAAGUUGAAUCUGUUGAUGAAUAUUCAAUAGGAGUAUGGACUAGAUGGCUGAUAUCUUUCCCAACAACUUUGACAGAGAGAUAGGCAUAACAUAAUAUCUUUAGAUUAUCAGCAAAUAAGUUAGAUUAAGAUAAGAGUGAAUUAGGAGAUAGAGUAUUAUCAUCAUUCUUAAUUUUGGGUAAUUAUGAGUUUAGUACUUAUGAUAUAAGUAAGCCAUCAAAUGCUGUAGAUGCUAAAUUACCAUAUGGAGAAUUAGAAGGUGCAUGGACAUACAUUUAUACAGCUUAUAAAGGUGGGCAAUUCUAUGGUAUGGUGUUGUUUAGAGAUUAAUAGAAGGCAUAACAUGUUGAAUUAUAAGUAUAACAUAGAGCAUUGACUGGUUAUGCUAAAUUUGUAUUAGGAGCUAAAGAAUUUGGUAGAAAAGGAUUCCAUGGAUGGUUAUUUGAUCCUAGAAUCUUUUUAGGAUCUGGAGCAUUUAUUAAUGAGGGAUAGAAAGUAGUAGAUAUGGUUUUAAAGUUACAUCGUAAAUUACCAGUACCUGCUCUUGAUGCAGAAGAUUUCAAAUGGCCAGUUACUAUAAUUGAUACAACUUUACCUGAUGAUAUAAAUGAUAAGAAAGAUAAUUUCAAAUUCUCUUUCACAGAUAAAGUAGGUUUAGUAGAAUAUUCAUUUGGAUUUUGGAUGCAAAAUGCAGUAUUAUAACCAGAAAUGGCUGAUGAUCUUAGAGGAUUAGUUAGAUUAACAACUAAUAAUGAAGGAUCUGAUGAAAGAUUAAUAGGAGAUAGAACUUUAGCUGUUUUCACUAAGGUUUAAAAAUUAGUCGCUUACACUUACACUCUUAAAGAUCCCACUUUUGAACCUGUAUCACAUGAAUUCGAUUUGUUACCAUAUCAAUGGACAUUUGUUUACUUUGGUUAUACAUAAGGAAAGGCUAGAGCUUAUAUUCUAAGUACUAAAGGUCCUACUGAAUAAGUAUUUGCUGUUAAACAUGCUAUUCCUAAUGCUUUUUACUUAAAUGUAAUCAAAGAUCUAUCUCAUCCAUUGUUUUAUGUAUAUUUAUUUAUUUAAAUCCUAGGGUAAAUUCUACGGUUUGAAGGUCAAUUUCGGAUAAGGCAGUUAUUUAGAAAAUCCUUAAGAACUUAUAGAGAAAUGGCCUUAUGAUCCAAAGGUUCUUCCAGUACCUGAACCUAAAGAAGAGAAAGUGUUGGCUCUAAAUUCUGCUAAAGUUGACAGAGCCUCUAAUACUUAACAUGAAUAAUUCAGAGAAUGA